GUCCUGCAAGUCUGCGAUGAGUUGGGCAUCGAGACGGCACCAGCUGAGGUUGCAGCCGGCAUGUUCAUCGUGCCUAUGCAGUCCUGGUACUCCCGCGACUUCAUCUCCAAGACUUUGCGACAACAGCACGCGUCUGCGACUGAUGCAGAUGCCAAGGUGACCAUUGACCAAUGGAUACAGUGGCCCUUUUCCUGUGGGUCUGAUGACGCCUGGAAGUUCUUCAUGAGGAUGAAUGAAGCCGCGCUGAGGGCAACGCUCGUAGCGAAGACAGCCUUCGAGCGUUUCUGCGAUCAGCCGGCGCAGGUCCUUACCAUGACGCACUUCCUCACCAGACCUGAGCUGAAAUUCGACUGGACCAUUCCGGGAAUUUGGGACCACAUCGGCUGCGAGGGACUGGACGAGCAGAUUCGAACGAUUGGAUCCGACGUCCACGUCUAUG